AUGCAAUUCUCAUCAAUCUUCGCGACGCUGAUGCUCGCCAUCACCGUCACAGCUAUCCCCGCAGGCGAUGGUUGCCGCAAGUCGGAGGGCACCAAGACCACCUGCGUCAUGUCGAGCAACCGCAUGGCCUGCGACUGGCCAGCGUCAUGCCCCGUUGGUCAGAGGGUCAAGUUCUUGGACAACUCGCCGCAGUGCAAGGAUAAACCGGCGGUCAGCCUAGCAUAUAUGUUUAUCUAA